AUGGAAGGAAAGAUGGAGUGCCUAGUAACAACCUGCCAGAUGGAAGGAAAGAUGGAGCGCCUAGUAACAACCUGCCAGAUGGAAGGAAAGAUGGAACACAUAGUAACAUCCUGCCAGAUGGAAGGAAAGAUGGAGCACCUAGUAACAACCUGCCAGAUGGAAGGAAAGAUGGAUCACGUAGUAACAACCUGCCAGAUGGAAGGAAAGAUGGAUCACCUAGUAACAACCCGCCAGAUAGAAGGAAAGAUGGAACACAUAGUAGCAUCCUGCCAGAUGGAAGGAAAUAUGAAACACAUACUAACAUCCUGCCAGAUGGAAGGAAAGAUGGAUCACGUAGUAACAUCCUGCCAGAUGGAAGGAAAGAUGGAACACAUAGUAACAUUCUGCCAGAUCGAAGGAAAGAUGGAGCACGUAGUAACAAACUACCAGAUGGAAGGAAAGAUGGAGCACCUAAUAACAACCUUCCAGAUGGAAGGAAAGAUGGAGUACGUAGUAACAAUCUGACAGAUGGAAGGAAAGAUGGAGCACUUAGUAACAACCCGUCAGAUGGAAGGAAAGAAGGAGAACCUAGUAACUAUCUACCAGAUGGAAGGAAAGGUAGAGAAAAGGCAGAUAAAAAACAAAGAUGCUUGAUGGGCUCACAAAACGGUGAGGAACCGUGA